AUGAGGGGGGCGAGGGGAAAGGGGGAACUGAGCAGACGAUGGGGCAACGAGAUCAGACCCACAUUUGAGCAGGGUGCCCUGGCUGCAGAUGUGAGAACAGAGAACACGCUGUUCAGAAGCAAGGACGGGUACGGGAAGCCAGGGGAGGGAGGCUCUCGCAACAACCCAGGUGACCAGGACAAACGGAGACAGUCACUCGGCGGCAGCAGCUGCCGACACCAAAACCAGAGGAGCAGCAUCGUGAGGGCGUGGCGAGGUCCCUGCUCGCAGGCCACCGAGCGCUCUGAAUGGGCUGCCCGGGCCAGAGGCCCAGAGCGGGAGCGGGUCGCCAACGGGACGAGGGAAGAGCAGCAUUCCUGGGAAUGCUCCUCUGGGCUGGCAGGGCUCUGGGUGCGCCGGCGGGACGCAGCAGCGGUGGGCAACCAGAGGACGGGGGAGGGGGAGCCAGAACAUUCUUCUGGCCGCGUCUCGGGCAGCGUCUCUGGAGGCGGCUGCGUCUCCUCCUCGGCUUUGGCUCCCGCCAGACAGGCCUGCCGUGGUUUCAGCUUCCUGACGUGGAAAGAGAGGCAAGCGGUCCCGAGGAUCUUUGCUGAGCCCCUUAUCCUGUUAUUCCUAAAGCAGUAA